AUGGAACCUAAUGAUCGAUUUCCACCCAAUGCUUUUCUAAUCAAUUUGGAUUACAACACUUUUUCUUUGCUGCUUGCCGAUUCACAAGCAGCUCUUGACAGGCUCAUCCAAUUUCUAGAUGUUAGAAUCCAUCCGAGCCCAUUCGGGGUAUUCAUCCAUCAGAUAGUGAGUUUCCUGAUUCACGAAUUCAAUUAAUGAGAGCUCAAAAUUGUUUUUGCAGACUGGAAGAUCUCCGGAAUCGAUUUACCAUUAUAUUCCAAAUAACCAUGGUGGAGGAUUUUAUCUCUCUGAAAGAGAAAUAAUUUGUGUGGUUAGUUUAUUUUGGUAUUUGGGAAAAGGGUUGAUAUAGAAAAACUCAACUUAAAGUCAAUAAUUUGGGAAUUGGGCUUUUGAAUGUGGAUCAUUAUUUUUUAAAACCAAUUUUAGACAUAUUUCACAAUUGAUUUUUCUUUCUAGUCAUUAAAUAAAAAUACAACCACUAUGACUCCUUCCUAUUUGGAAUGUUCCACACAUUUUAAUAUUUUAAGCUGCACUAUCAACAGCAAAGACAUAAUCGUUACAUGCUAAAUUAUCACCGAUUGCUGAGAUAUCGAGGUCCACAGAUUCUGCAACUACAGCAACUGUUAAUUCAGCAACAACAAAUGGCAAACAAUCGACAAGUUCCAGAAGUUCCAGUUCGGGGCCGCGAAGAACCCCCGAUUCAACCACUUCACGUUGAAGUUGAGAACAUUGGAAGAUCAAAAUGGAAAUGUUGCUGGAGAUGCGCAAAAUCCAAUAAACCUCGAUUGAAAUUUAUGCCCCCUUCCUCUCAAAUCAUUCACUUAAAUAUUCAUCCGGUUCAUUUAGAUUAUUUUAAAAAAAAAAUACAAAACACAAAAAAAUGCCAUUAGAUUCCAACAUGUUCUCGAAUUAUUGACCACCGGUGAAGCUUUCAAUCAUUUAUUUUUACUACCAUUUGUUAUAAAUAGUAGAUAUUUUACCCAUCUGAUUAUUACUUUUUGUUCUUUGACGCGUUCCAAACGCCUAAUUAUUUCUAAUUAUCAUCGUUCAAUUAUCAACUCAAGUUUUCCCAAAAAUUUUCACUUUUUUCAGCAAUGAAUCCAAAUGGCAUUCCUAUUGACUUUGAGUUGUUGGCCAAAUUAAUGUUGCUACCAAAUCCAAGACAACCAUUUCCAUAUGUGAGUUUUAUUGUUUAGAAAACUAUUUGAUCUACCAAAAUAUUCUUUGCAGCUUGCGCAACUUCCCACAUAUCCCAUUCCCCAAUAUCCUUCAUUUCCUCCAGUUUUUCCUCCACCUGAUCCUGAACUUUUUCGAAAAAUCAUUAGUGGAGUUAUGCAAUCCACAUAUACUGAGAACAUGAAAAAGGUUAGUUUAUUUUUGGUGAUUUGGGACAGGGGUUCUUAACUUGUAGAUAUUAUAAUCUCUUUCUUUUUGGCCGUUUUUGAAUUGGACAUGACCAAGUGGAUCUUUAUUUUUUGAAAAAAAUAUCAAAAUUUUUAGUCAGAUAAAGAUAUGACCACUAUAAUCAGUUAUGUCCUAUUCAAAAUCAGCCAUAUUCAUGUCAAAAAACUGUUUUCAAGUUGAACCAUCAUAACAUAAUCUAUCAGCAAUAUGUGAUUAACUAUCACCGAUGGUUGAUUCAACAACAACUUGUAACUGAGCUGCAAAAAAUGGUGCCGAAAACACAAGCUGGAGAUCAACAAAAACAACAACAACAACAAGUACCCGUCCCAGUCAAGAAUAUCAAGAAGCAACAUCGAGAUGUUGCUGGAGGUCCACAAAAUCCUAUCGAUGUUGAGAAGGAACAUGGAAAUGUUGCUGGAAGCUCUCAAAACCCAAUCGAUGUUGAGUCGGAACAUCGUGUUGGAGGCUCGCAAAACCCAAUAAAUCUAGAAUAG